GGAUAAUUCUGUUCUGGAAUGACAAAGAACUUCUCCCUCAGACAACCAGAGACCCCUCAAAAAUCCAGACUCGAGCAGGCACAUUAGAACACGAGCAAGAAAAUGGACUCCAACUCUUCCUUCGAUUGGCCUCACGCGCUGAAUGACAACGGGACACACAAGUACUCCUACUGGGAAGGCAACGUCUCCUACGUGGACUUCUACCUUCACCAGCCAUCAGUGGCUACUGUCUUCAUCACCUCCUACCUCCUCAUCUUCCUCCUCUGCAUGGUGGGCAAUGGGCUGGUUUGCUUUGUCAUCCUGCGGAACAAACACAUGCGGACGGUCACCAACCUGUUCAUCCUGAACCUGGCUGUCAGUGACCUGCUGGUGGGGAUCUUCUGCAUGCCCACCACCCUCCUGGACAACAUCAUUGCAGGAUGGCCCUUUGGGAGCCUGGUGUGCAAGAUGAGUGGGAUGGUGCAAGGAAUCUCUGUUUCUGCCUCUGUCUUCACUCUGGUUGCUAUUGCUGUGGACAGGUUCCGGUGCAUCGUGUACCCCUUCAAGCAGAAGCUGACCGUCCCCACCGCCGCCGCCAUCGUCGCUGCCAUCUGGAUGCUGGCCGUGGCCAUCGCGUGUCCCUCGGCAGUCCUGCUGCAGGUGCAGGAGGAGAAGCACUUCAGGGUGAUCCUGGGCCCCGGCAACGACAGCCGCCCGGUGUUCUGGUGCCGGGAGGACUGGCCCGACCCGGCCAUGAGGAAGAUCUACACGACGGUUCUCUUUGCCAACAUCUACCUGGCUCCCCUGUCGCUCAUCGUCGUCAUGUACGCCCGGAUCGGCAUCGCCCUCUCCCACGCGGCCGGGGCUGGGAAACGCGGCCAGGAGCAGCGGCACAGUGCCUGGAGGAGGAAGCGGAAAGUCAUCCAAAUGCUCGUUGUCGUGACCCUGCUUUUCACCCUGUCCUGGCUCCCCCUGUGGACUCUGAUGCUGCUCUCGGACUACACCAGCCUCUCCGAUCUCCAGCUGCAGCUCAUCAACAUCUACAUCUACCCCUUUGCUCACUGGCUGGCCUUCUUCAACAGCAGUGUCAACCCCAUCAUCUACGGGUUCUGCAAUGAAAACUUCCGCCGGGGCUUCCAGGAUGUCUUCAAGCUCCAGCUCUGCUCCAGGGAGGUCUAUUCGCAGCCAGGCCAAAGCAAUGACCUCCUGCCAGCUGCCCAGGGCCAGAGCCCCCAGGAUCAAUCUUCUCAAGCAGCUAAGGAGGAGAGGAAGCCAGUUAAGAAAGGAAACUGGGUGAAUAACCAGCAGGAUUUGAUCAUGGAGGAUCUGGAGGAGCCCUGCAGUGCUGGGAUCAAGUGAAACACGCUAUGAACCACCCGAAAGAUUUAGGCCUGGCAGAGUUUAUUCAUUGCAUGUGAAACCUGUGCUUUGUGAAGCCCUUUCUGACAGUAAUGCCAAAGUGUUUCUGGUUUGAAGGAGACACCGAACUCACAUCAUAUCUGAACAUUUGAUAUCAGCAGGAAACCAAAAUCAGCCCUUUGUGUCACCAGCUUAAACCAGUGGACACUCCCCUCAGCCAGCAUGAGCUGCUGCUCUUGAACUGGGCUGGAACAAGGACAGGAUUAAAAUCUUCCAUUUAUCAGGAGGUAAG